UUUUUCACUUGUUGGUAAAUAAUAGAACUGUGGAACAUUAAAAGAACCUUACAUUGAAGUAAAUUUCGCGGUUUAUAAACCGAGUAAAAUGAACGCGGUUCCCGUACCAAGUCACGAUUUCAUGGAGUUACAUCCAGUCCACCAACAUCAGCCUCACUGCAAGCAACAAUGCUUUGUAUUCACGGACAUUGCGGAUAUCGAACUUCCUCCCGAGAUAACCAAAUACUCGGAAAAGAUGAAAAAUGGGAGCAUACAAUCCUACAAAAAGGAGAACAUAGCCGCUAUAGAACCGCAGAGUACUAAAAGCAGGAAAAUUGCAAUCGCUGUUGGAAUCCUGUUGAUCUGCCUAGCCCUAGCUGGAGGAAUCCCUCUAGCUCUACAGUUAAGGUCAUCAUCUCUCCUAGAAGCAAGGAUAGCAUUCAUAAGGCGCCUUUUAAAGGAGUCGCCACUGGUCGAGGGAUACUGGAAACCACAAAUUACUUCGAAUCUAACUAAAAGCUUUGCGGAGCUGAAAACUAAUAACAUUGGAGCAGUUUUCUGGCCUAUUCCUGUGCCAUGCGGAGCUCAAUAUUUGGAUGCGGUGCAACUGGCCUUGGAGGGUAUUGAUGAAGCUCAGCGUUCAACUAGCAAAAGUACUUCAAUGGUUAUUGUGGAAAGUGCAGACGAAAUGGAAACUGCUCAUUUGAGAGGAGAGACUGCAGUGGUUCUUGGAUUAAGCGGCGGACACGCUCUUGGAGCUAGUUUGGCGGUAUUGCGGUCGAUGCAUUUAUUGGGAAUCCGGUUUGUCUCCUUGGCAAGUUUGGGCUGUACAACCCCAUGGGUGGCAGCGGCUUAUAAACAGGAGCAUGUAGUCGAAGAAAACUAUACGAACAGCUUAACUGACUUUGGAGUGACCGUCUUGCAUGAAAUGAGCCGGCUCGGAAUGCUUGUGGAAAUUUCACAGCUUUCAGAACCAGCUAUGACUACAGCCCUUCGCGCUGCAAAGGCACCCGUCCUCAUAUCUAAUGCCGCUCCUGCGUCAAUGUGCAAUGGAAGUAACAUUGCAUCCAUUCCCGACCAUAUACUCAGUCUUCUUCCUCAGAACGGCGGAGUGCUAAUGCUAAAUAUGGAGAAAUGCGGCGACCGUCUUCUCUCCGUGCGGGAAGCAAUCAACGGAAUUAAUUAUGUUCGCGCAUUGGCAGGAGUCGAUCAUGUUGGAUUAAGUGGAUCUCCCGGAAGCUACUUAUAUCUGUUAGCAGAAUUGGCUAGGGAUCGGUUAUGGGGCAAUGCAGCAAUCAAGAAGUUAGUUGGUGGCAAUAUUGUCCGCGUACUGCGAGAAGUUGAAGUGCAAAAGAAUCGUUUACCGCUCAAUGAAGAAUGGAUCCCGAGAGAGUUGAUAGAAGGAAAUUCAUAUUGCAGAUACCCUGAGAUUUGAAGUGAAGGACCUUCCUCCUGUUUUGCUUCAGUGCAGAUUCAUGUUUUGUAAAUAUUGUAUUUUAAAAUUUCUCGCCCACCAGCAUUUCACUUUGAAGGCAUGAUAUUCAUAUCUUAUCUGAAGUACUCUUGAAAGCUGAUACUCAGCACCAAAUAAAGAUGAUUUUUUUAUUAAA